ACGGCGGGAUUUACGGACUCCUCCUCUCCUGUCCAGUUGGUUUAAACAGAGACAAAAUGGCGGCGGCAGCAUCAAUGAUGCCACACUUUUCCCAGCAAAUUUCUUCUAAAAACGACCUGGUCCCGGACUGGGCCAGCCAGGAAGUCAGCACCGGGACCACCAUCAUGGCCGUGGAGUAUGAGGGAGGAGUGGUGAUCGGAGCCGACUCCCGCACCACCACAGGGGCUUACAUCGCCAACAGAGUCACCGACAAACUGACUCCGAUCCACGACCGGAUCUUCUGUUGUAGGUCUGGAUCAGCUGCUGACACUCAGGCUAUAGCUGAGGUCGUUGCCUACCAGCUGGGCUUCCACAGCAUCGAGCUGGACGAGCCCCCGCUGGUGGAGACGGCUGCUAAUCUGUUCAGAGCUAGCUGCUACCGCUACAGGGAGGAGCUGACCGCUGGGAUCCUGGUGGCGGGAUGGGACCGGAGGAACGGGGGACAGGUGUUCUGCGUUCCUAUUGGUGGGAUGCUGGUGAGGCAGCCUGUGGCCGUGGGGGGGAGUGGGAGCAGCUACAUCUACGGCUUCAUGGACUCCAACUACAAACCAGGACUGAGCAAAGACCAGUGUCUGGAGCUCACCGCUGCAGCCCUGUCCCUGGCCAUGGAGAGGGACGGCUCCAGCGGCGGCGUGGUGAGGCUGGCGUCCAUCUCGGAGGCGGGGGUGGAGCGACGGGUCAUCCUGGGCAACCAGCUGCCCAAGUUCUCCACCCACUGAGACCUGUCCCUGUCCCACACCCACUGAGACCUGUCCCUGUCCCACACCCACUGAGACCUGUCCACCGUUCUGUUGUUAAUAAAAGUUUCAACGUGU